AAAAAUUAUCCCAUAACCAAAUAUGGCUUUUCCCACGGUCCCUAGUGAAUAUCGUGAGCUAGAUAUGAGGUGCUAGCAAAUAAAAUAGUGCGAAUUUAUCUAUUUAGGUUAAUUUAAAUGUAAAUAAGUUCACAAUAUAGGAUUACCGCCGUUGAUAUUAAGGAUAAAGGCAAGAUGUCAUUUCGUGUAGUGAGAAAUUCCAAAUUCAGGCACGUCUACGGUCAAGCCCUCAAACGCGAACAAUGCUACGACAACAUCAGGGUAUCGAAAAGUUCCUGGGACUCAACUUUUUGCGCUGUCAACCCCAAGUUUAUCGCUAUUAUUGUCGAAAGCGCUGGCGGCGGUGCCUUUAUUGUUUUACCACAGGGCAACAAGAUCUCAGGUCGAAUACCAGCCGACCAUCCCCUUGUAGGAGGUCACAAAGGUCCAGUCCUAGACAUAGCAUGGUGUCCUCACAAUGAUAACGUCAUUGCUAGUGGCUCAGAAGACUGUGUUGUAAAGGUAUGGCACAUACCGGAUUGUGGACUCGUUAAGACCCUUACAGAGCCAAUCGUCGAUCUGGUGUAUCACCAGAGGCGAGUGGGCUUGGUUCUGUGGCAUCCUACUGCUCAGAAUGUACUUCUCACUGCGGGCAGUGAUAAUCAUGUGGUUAUUUGGAACGUAGGUACUGGAGAAGCUUUAGUAGAAAUUGACUGUCAUCCUGAUAUUGUAUACAGUGCCUGUUUUAACUGGGACGGUUCGGAAUUGCUCACAACAUGCAAAGACAAGAAAAUUAGGAUUAUUAAUCCUAGAACUGGAGAAGUGACUUCCGAAGCAAUUGCCCAUGAAGGUUCCAAAGCAACAAGAGCCAUCUUCCUCAGACACGGCCUAGUCUUUACAACGGGCUUCUCCAAAAUGUCUGAAAGACAAUAUAGUUUAAGAACUCCAGACUGUUUAGAAGAACCAAUAGUAAUGGUGGAGUUAGACACGUCUAACGGUGUUAUGUUCCCUUUGUACGAUCCUGAUACAAAUUUGAUAUUUUUAUGCGGCAAAGGAGACUCUGUUAUAAGAUACUUUGAAAUCACUGCAGAACCGCCAUUCGUUCAUUACAUUAACACCUUCCAAACGCCUGAUCCUCAAAGAGGUAUCGGUAUGAUGCCAAAGAGAGGCUGUGACGUAACUACGUGCGAAAUUGCUAGGUUUUAUAGGUUAAAUAAUUCGGGAUUGUGCCAAAUUAUUACCAUGACAGUACCAAGAAAAUCUGAACUUUUCCAAGAAGAUUUGUACCCAGAUACUUUGGGUGAUAAUUCUGCUUUAACGGCUGAAGAAUGGGUAGAAGGAAAAGAUGCCGAGCCGCUAUUGAUAUCCCUAAAAGACGGAUAUAAACCGCCCGAAACUAAAUCGGUGUCGGUUGGCAGGAAAAGUAAUUUGCUAAAUAAAAUACCUCCAAAGAGUAAAGGCGGCAGUGACAGUGUUGGGGCACCUGUUUCGGAAAAAGCUUUGCAAGAUAUUGCUGACGAAAUUCGCAAACUGAAAGCCAUGAUUGUCAAGCACGAAAACCGAAUUCGCGCGUUGGAAGCUGAAGUAGCACUCUCUAAGGCCAAAGAACCGACCGGCAAUGCGGAACCCGAAGAAGCGAAUGGUGGCGGUGACGCUGCGGCGCUGGCGUCUGAUGAAGUUUGAAAUUAUUUUACCCCUUUGUGUGGUAUAUAACUGCUCAAAAUGUUCAUGGAGUAGAGGUGUGGAUUCGCGCCUCAGCUCCCUCCCAAAAAAAAUAAAAAAUAAUUUUGCAAUUGCUUUAUUGCUUUUUAUCCAUAGAUCAUUCAAAGCGAUCAUCAUCCUUAUUUAUUAUUUUCAUGAACACAAAAAAACGAUAACCAAAAAAAGGAAAACGAACCCAUUUCAUUAACGAUAAUAAUUAGUGAAAUAUUUGUACAAAUUUUAUUAUUUAAUUUUUAUUUAAAGGGUAGAUAGUCUUACCCUAAAAAGUCCUCUCUAUAUCAUCGAACUCAAGUGCUCUUAUAAACUCCUUAAGUCUGCUACUGCUGUUUAUGUGUGUGAAAAAUUAGAUUUUAGUGAUUUAAAAGAGGUAAUUUAUCACUAAUUUUUCUGAUUAACUUGAAAUUAUCAUGGUCUUCUAAGUACAGUUAUAGAGAAUGUUUACACAAAAAUAUACAAUUAUUAUUGAUUUAUUUUUACCUCUUUUAACAAUGUUUAUUAUUUUUUAUUAUAAUUGUUUUAAAUAUAUUUAUAUAGUUUAUAAAAAAUGUUUCUCUAUAAUAUGGAAUUUUUGAUAAUAGCUCUUAAGCUUUAAAUGUGUACUUAAUUAAAUAUUACUUAAGGCUAGGAUUUUUCACCAUAGUUAUUUUCUUUUUUCAAUUACCAUAAACUAAACAUUUUAUUUUUCUUAUUUUUUGCCUGAUUUUAAUAAAUAUUCAAAAAUAAUUUGUUUAUAUUAUGCACGUUUUAUUCAUCCAACAUAAACUAAUGGUUGUUUGACAUAACCUGGCCUUAAUCGUUAAUAAUUAAUAAUUGUUGAUAUUUUUCUAUAUUAAUAAAAAUCCAAGCAUGAUAUUUUUCUAGAUAUUUAAGCUGAUAUUGUUGAUUUUGCACCAAAUAUUUUUUAUACCUUCAUGUAUUAUAUUCUAAUUAUUAUAAAUAAGGUGAUUGACAAUAUAGAAAUGCGUUAAAACAAAUUUGUAGAUGGAAUUGAUCUCCACACUGAUUACGCACAAAAUAUUGCAAUAAUUCAAUUGUUAUUAAUAAUAAUGUUAUCAAAAGUUCCAUGCCAAAAAAUCGAUUUGUGUGCUACAAAAAACUUAACAACGAAUAAUCUAUUGUAUAUAAAUGUGUAUAAAUAUAUAACAUGCAUUUUUUGACACUAAUAAUAUUAAUUGUUAGUAUUUUUACAAAAUAUAUUUGAUCAAAAACA